AUGGCCUCGACCUCGCCCAACACGGACGACAUCCUCGGCCAGCACCGCUUCACCACCCCGGGCGCAUCCUCGUCCCCUCUCGCCCAGGCCCCGACCGCCUCGUCCAUCCUCGGCGGCACCCAGCUCGACCCGGCCAGCUUCCACCCGCUCGCCGGCCUCGUCGACAACAAGGACCUCGACUACCUCCUCCUCGAGGACGACAAGCUCUCGGCCGUCGCCGGUGGCAAGACGGUCCUGCCCAACCGCGGCUGGGGCGACGAGCUGUGCUACGGCACCGGCUCCACCUACCUCGCAGGUCUCGGACUCGGCGGCGCCUGGGGCUUCUGGGAGGGCCUUCGUCGCCCGCUCGCCGCACCUCGCUCCGCGGCGCGCAUCUCGGGCCGGCUGCGGUGGAACAACAUCCUGAACCAGGUCACGCGGAGGGGGACCGCCAUGGGCAACUCGGCCGGCGUGCUCGCCCUCAUCUACAACGGCAUCAACUCGACAAUCGACGUGUACCGGGGGCACCACCACGACGUGUACGGCUCGAUGGCCGCCGCUGCCGCUACCGGCGCCAUCUGGCGCUCGACCGCCGGUGUCAAGCCCAUGGUCGUCACGUCGGGCAUCCUCACGGCGGCCGCCGCAGGGUGGUCGUGGGUCAAGGUGCAGCUGCUGUGA